GGGAAAUUUUCUAAAAUUUUUAUUUUCAGGUGGGAUUGUUGCCCCAUCUGUUGUCUUUCGACUGGCGAAAACCGCAAGUCGCUAGUUUUAUCAUUAAAAAGUUAUUGCAAAAACAACCGACUCCAUUGUUCAUUGAAAACGAUAGUAUCAAUGACCUAACUUUUGGUGCGUAGCUUACUCGGAGAAAAAAGUAUAAUAUAACUGAGGUUAUAUUAAUUGUCAAAGCUAACCUAGUACCUUGGCGACUAUCUGUUUUAAGGCAUUUUGGGCGGAUUAUUUUUAGACAUAAACUUCGAUCUACCCCUUGGCGUACAUGAGCAAAUUUGAUUUUACUGAUUGUUUGUCGCUUUCACUCAUAUGACCAAAAUGAUCUUGUGAGUAGGGUAAAAGAAAGCUUUAAAGUAUAAAAAUCAGAUUACUUAUUUAAAAAAAGGUUUAUCACAAAGUUUUGGUUGUCUGAUGCAGUACACGCGAAAAUUAAUUACAAGUUACGCCAUUGUGGUGGCGCACCUGUUUGCAUUCCAAAAUUAACAUUUUCAGAGGUUAACUAAAACUUUGUGAUAACUCUUUUUUUAAAUAGGUAAUCUGAUUUUUAUAUUUUAAAGCUUUACUUUUAUCCUUCUUACGAGGUCAUUUUGGCCAUAUAAUUUGCGCUACUGCAUUGAUUUUUACUUGUACAUGGUAGUAUCAUCCAUAUUUCGAAAAUGUUGUAUGAAAUUAGUGCGAACCUGCUAGUGUACUUGCGUUGUGAAUGUUGUUGUCGCUGGUCCCAGUGAAGAAAUAUCCUUGAAAGAAAAGAAUUCAUUUAUUAACACAUGUUAAAGCUAUAUUAUUAUCUAUUGAAAUUCUGAUUACUUGCACGCAUAAAUUCAUUAGAAAAUAAAAGUAGUAUGAUAAAACAAAACCUGUCGACCAGCGACUUCUAACGUAUAAGUAAACUGAUAAGCUUUGUAUCUUUCAGUUUAGAGGCGACUCAUCUCUUGAGACAAACAUGUUGGUAGCUACAGAGUCCUUUUCCUCUUUCAAAAAUUCAACAUUGCACGACAUUUGUAUUCAUCAAGGUGAACUGCCGGCAAGGAGGUAUAAAGAAACUAAAAAUAAAAUAGUACUUGACUUUUGAAUUACGCGCGCCUUUCAAAGAGCAUCAGAAACUGUGUAGGAAAACGGCUGAAUUAAAAUUUUACGAAAAUGUUAAAUCUCACUGAAAUCACAAAAUAUAAAAAUUCAAUAAGGCGCGAGUAAUUCAAAGUUUCAGCAGUUCGAAAGAGUUUAGAAAAUGAUUGCAAUUAUAAAUUAAUUCUUUGUUUAAUUUCCGUUCAACAGCGAAAAAGCCACAAAAAGACUGAACGAAUAGUGUAAAAAUGGUUAAGCGUAUGUAAUUUUACGUGCUCUGUCUAAUGAGGCUAAAACUAGAACUUAGAAUUUGGUAGUUAAAUCCGAAAACGAGUUUUUAUCUUAAUUAAGUUUUUCUAAAAACUCGUCUAUUCAGGAUUGUGCGUGUUUCCGAAGUGUCAAAUAGCCAAUUCGGAUAGAGCUUAAAAUCUGACGUAUACUGGUAAAUUAUCAGUAUGUGAUCGAGAGACACCUUUUCUUACUGCAAUCACAAAAUAUAAAAAUCGACUAAAUGUUCUUAUAUCGAUGACACGCUAGAAAAAUAAGAACGUGUUUUACCAUAUGGGAAGAGAGAAAAGAGCGAAGAAAAAAAAAUAUUUUCUCUUUUUCACAGUGUAUUCUAAACGAAAAAAACACACUCCGCCACUCCAGACCAUUAUACGGAGUACCGGAGUGCGGUUUAGUGCAGGCAUGGCUGAUUCCGAGGCCUAAACACUAAGGAGCGAGUCCCGAGUCCAUUUUGAGUCCAGUAAUCUUACAUCUUUCAGUCCGGAAGCGAACUCGUCCAUGCCUGGUGGAGUGUGCUAUGACGUAGUGCGCUUUUUCCUUCUUGCACCUUAUUCGAAUACGUUCAUAAUUAUUAGUCAAAUGAGUAAGAUCCAAAAUAUGAACAUCGUUUAAGCUGUUAAUCAAUAAACUUCGGCAGAUAUCUGUUGUAUGACAAUCUGUGUCUGAUCUGAGAAAAAUUUACCUUUAUUAAGAAAUAUAUUGCCGACACAAGCAUUAUAGCCAGGUUCACGAUUUUUCUCCGGUAGCUAUCAUUUUAAAAGAUAAAUCAGUCCCAAAUGCAAUCAAAGGUUGGCAUUAUGACUUUGACAAAAAAAUGUCUUUAGAAAAUUUUCUUUGCAGCUGUACAUGCAGUUAUAUUACAUACUGUAUAAAUAAUGUUCUCCUCUCUUUUUUCUAUCUACUAUAUUCUUGUGACCUUGUGUUAACAGAUGUACUAACUAGUGAAUUAUUUAUCAUAGAAAAAAUGAUACUUGGCAUUGAAAGGAGGUUAAUCAUUUCUUUCCUGUUACAUAAAUAAGAGAUAUACUCUGGUAAAUGGCACAUUGAAUUUCUGCGUAUGUAUCUUCGUUACUCUAUAUAAUACAUUUGUUAAAGCAGAACACGUAAGUGUUUUACAAUUGAGUCAAAUUUAUCGCUAACGAACAGUUCUCUAUUUACCAUGAUGAAAGCGCAAGUACCAGUUGUAAUUAUUUUGUUAUUUUUUAUUGGUGCAAGUAUAACAUUAAAAUGUUAUAUGGGCACAGAUAAACAAUGUUUAAUUGUUGAUUCUACUUCUGAUCAUGAAGAUGCUGACCUAUGUGAGGGUAAUGCUAAUAAACGUUGUACAUGCGGCCGUUUCAAAUUGAAAUGCACUGCGGAUGAUGCCGGAUGUACAGACGAGGAACGAUACAAAAAAACAGAAAAAUGGGCUUAUACAUUAGGAACAAAAGAUGAAUGUCAAGAAAUGGUGAGGAAUGGCAAAUCAAAUGGUCUUAAACAAAUAACAUGUUGUGACAAAAAUUUGUCAUAUUUGUAUUUGGCGGUUCUGUGGACCGUUAUUGAGAAAGCAGAUCGUGGUCGUAGGUUAGACGAGAUGAAUUCAACUAGAGACGUGCAGGACCAGGGCUUGUUUAACAAAAAUGGAUUAUUACUCUUAACUAGAAAACUUCUCAAGUUUUUUUUAUAGUUAGCAGCGGCCAUUCUACGUAACUCUGUUACCGCAAAGCUGAGUGCGGUACCGUUUUUCGGGAACUUUACAACGUUAUAACUUUUUGAGAAAAAGUCGUGGAGAGUUCUGCAACCUCAUUAAAUACAAGAUUCAAAAGUCUUUAAAAGUGGAUUUAACCAAACUCCUGAAAAGUGUUCGUUCGGAUGAUACCACGAAGAAAAGAGAGAUCUCUGCACUUGGUUUUCUAUACUCUAUCCUUCUAUAUUAUACUCUCUCAUAA